CGUCAUUCGGGCCGUUUUCUUGAACCAGAAAGAAUUGAGGGGGGUAACAUGGAUAAAAAAAUUGCAUAAGAAUGAAACAGAAACAAAAAAAAGUUAUGUGAGUUUUAUAAGUCCAUAUGAGUGGCUGUUGGGCAGUAUACCAGUGGCUAUAACCUCAAAGUAAGUAGUCUAACGGAACUGCUUUGUUAAGUUCAGACGACGCAACUGUUUUUAGAAGCCUUCUCAACAAGUGGACCCCUUGCAAAAGAAAAACGUAAUCUUUGUAUACAGUCAUUUGAUCGAUUCAAGGGCUCAGUCACAGUGGGCUCAGAGAAAAUCAUCAAUGGAAUCAGAUCAGUUGAUGCACAUCCUUCUUUGGAUGAAGAGGCCCAACCUCAACUCAAGUGUGUAACCUUUUCGUACGCUGUAAAACGAGGGCGUGUAAUUUUUACAAAGAGGAAAAUGCAGAUGAGAAAACACACAGCCAUUACAUGGUGUGCUUUCAUUCUCAUUUUUGCGACUGGGGUUGUUGGAGCAGUUAUCUUGGCUGUUUCUCUGCGAAUCGUUUUUGACAACGAUUAUAGCUAUUUACUAUUCCAUGGUAGCGGGAACUACCUGGCCGGACACGUGUUAGUGGCGGUAGGAGUGUCAUUGAUGAUUGUCAGUUCCAUUGGAUGCACUGGCGUCGUCAAAGGGAAUCCUCCUCUUCUCGGUUUGGGAGUCUUUUGUCUCGUUCUUCUCGUGGCAGUUCAGUUAACUAUUGCUAGAGUGGCUUACGACGAACUGGCCCCGUUUCACGAAAAAGUUCACCUUGGUAUUUUUUGGGCCAUUCAGCGUCACUAUGGCAAUGAUGUUGCGAACACCACUGUCAUCGACUUGAUUCAGCAAGGCUGGAAAUGCUGUGGGCUUAACACGUACGCGAGUUGGUCUAACUCAUUGUACAGCAAAAGACAUGUAUCUAAAGGGACGUGGCCCACCAGGACUUUCAUCGUCCCAAAAUCAUAUUGCAUUGACAGGAAAUCCGAUCUCUGUGAAGAAAUGCAUUUGGGUGGAAUUCGUAUCAACGACACUCCUGUUGGCCAAGUGUUGUUCAUGGAGGGUUGUGGGCCGAAAGUAAUCGAAGCUAUUGAUUAUUAUCUCGGUUGGUUAUUUGGCGUCGGUGCAGCCAUAGUUUCAUUUGAAAUUAUCGCCACGAUUCUUUGUGUGGUGUUACUCUACGAAUUCAUUAAAAGCGCGUAUUUGAUCAAAUUCAAAUCAAUCAAAUCCCCUGAAUCAACUGAUUUGAUGGCUAGUAGCGAACAACCUGGUAUUCCUCCGAGAGAAAUUCCUAUGUCCCAUUCGUCAACAACGGCCUACUCAUCGACAAGGAUAUCUACACUUGUUACUGAAAAGGCAAUUUCUUCCUUAGUUUAAAGUCAAGCAUCAACAACUUCGCUGGUCAGAAAGCGUCAGUAUCUCUGCCUCUCUGGCUGCCUCUACGUAUGGAGGAAAUGUUUUAAAACGUUUUAAACCAAAUGUAGUCGUUCUAAAUUAAGUUAAGGCUAGAUGACCUAUUUUUAGAUGGAUUUAUCGUAGAGCUCACGUUUCAUUUCCAACCUUAACGUUAUACACAUUACGCUGGCAUCAAGUCCACAACUUUGAACAACGGACAUCUGAUGCCAUUUUGCCAGAGGCAUAGCAUCCUGUUCAAACGGUAGUUAAUUUUAAACCAGUCGUUUCAUCAACGAUGGAACUAGCGCCUUUUGAAGAUCAAAUUUCAACUUUGACUUAGUUCCAGGGAGUAGAAGAUUUUGUCGAAUUCUAACCGCGUAAAGCAGUAUAUAGGGGUCUCCACUUCCCAUCCACUAUCGGAUUCGGGAGCUCUUGAGUUUCGACCAUGUGUUUAUUUACAUCAUUCUUGAGGCUGGUUCUGUAUAUGAAUAUGUCAAUUAAUCAUUCUUUUAAAACAAGUUGCUGACUACGCUGCUGCUCCCAACCCUGCUCGCCGUCGGGCCAGCCCAUCUCUAUACGAAAGAAAAAUCUUUUUUACAAUAAAAAUCAGUGUUUUUUGCAGGAUACAUUUCCGUUCGCUUAAAGCAAAUGGAAAUUCUCGGUGUCUUAGGUACGGAGAACGGUAACUUAAAUUUAACCAUCGCCUGGCAGGGUUAUGCAAACAGACCCCGUAAGACAAUUGUACGCAGAUGAGACAGCCCCAGCCUGGGUCCCAAUCUCCACAAAGUAGGACUAUCCCUAAGAGAUCUUCUUGGAUCUUCUGCCACCUGCUGUUUAGCUUUGGGGUUGCCUCUUCCCCUAAAUGGGCACUUUAGGGAAAAGACCCUUCGCGUCUGGAUCUCUUGGUUGCAAUCUCAGCGCUGUACUCUUUUCCUUGAGUUUCCCAAAACAUAAAAACAAAACACAGUUUGUUAAAUAUAGACUUGAAUGAU